AUGAUGCAAACGUCUCCUGCAGCUGACAUCGCCGCCGCUGGUCCCGGCGGUCCCGGACUCGUGCGGCAAGGCUCGGCGGCCCGCACAAACGCUAUUGCUAUGCUCAAGCGAGCAGCAUCGCAACGAGAGAUCAAGUCGAGAGCAGAAACCCCAGCUCUGCCAGGUGCAUUCCCAUCCGACUCGGAAACGCAUAUCGCCUUGUCAAACUCACUUGCAGACUCGUCAAUUUACGCUUCAGCACUCGAUUCUAGUCAGCCCUCACUUUCAUUGACAACACCAGAUCAACAAUUUGAUUCAAAUGCUGCUCGAGAAGCCUCUCUACCUCACGACAACGGCCUGUCACACGUACUUCCGCCGCAAUCUAGCUACCCCCAACACUACCCCCUUGAUAACUACCCCGUCGAUAAUGCCAUCGCUUCCACAUCCACAUCGACGGUACCAGCGUCCAUCCCAAUGCUGCUGGCUCCCUCUUCAUCCAAUGAAGCCAGCGAUCGCUCGCGGUCUCCCAUGUUCUACGAUCGAUUCAAUCAGCGAAACUUCAAUCGCUCGCCGCUGCCGUCUCUCGAACAGCUUCGCGCCCGUAUUCUCCUCGAACGCGAAUCUGAAGGGCUACAACGCAGCGCCAGCACCAGCGCCGCCAGCCAAGCUGCCCGCGCCUAUGCUCUCGAAAAGCUUCUCGGCAAUAGCGGCACCGAUGUCUUCUACGACCACACUCCCGACGGCACCCUCAUCGGCCGUGGAGCUGCGACACCCUCCCCCACACCCAUGUCUGGUCUCGACGAUGGCUUGGCAGACAUGGCAUCCGACGACGAAUCUGCACACGAAACCAGACUGAAGCGCCAGUCCAUCAAAAACCGCCCCUCUCUCAGGAGGAGCCGCACCGUCAACGGUCUCACCGCCAUGGCAGAAGCGCAGAAAAAGGCCGAAUUCGUCCAAGGCGUCUUCCUCGCUGUUCCGGGUCCAGCUUCCAAUCGCAUCUCGCGCAUUCAUCAACGACGUGUUGAGCGGCAGAGCAUUCUCAAGCUCGCUUCCGAACGAGGAACGGAAGCGGCUCUUCCUGAAGAAUCACCUGCUGCACCGCUCAAUCAUGUCGAAGAAUCGGCUCCCAGCCUCGCGCGCCAGCAAUCGCAACGCCAAAUCGCAAGAACCGAGAUGAUGCGUAAACUCAGCACAAGAGGUAGAGCCAAUCCCACGCCUACGCCGCAACAUCCCUCCGAUCAAGCCUGGCCUGCAGACCCAGCAGAUGCCUCAGUUGAAACUAUCAGGCAGCAGAGACUGCCACAGGUCAUCACAGACUCUCCUGCCGUCGACGAGGCCAUCAGCCCUGUAGGUGUUGUCAUCCGACCGCCGUCGUCUCCAGUCCCACCGCACUUUUUGCAUGUUGACGCACCUUCGCCAGCGCCGGCGUUCCGUCGCUCUCUCCUCCCGGAUAUCGCGGCCAGUCCCGGUGUCUAUGCACACGCUGCUGUGGCAACACAGCAACACGAUCCACUUGCAGCAUCAGCAUCGUCGCCAGGCUUGAAAGCUUCGUCGUCAGCUGCAUCUCUCGCAUCACAUUAUGCGCACAGCACGGCGACCAACGCAUCUGCCCUUCACCUGCACGAGCGCAACCGCGAAAGCGCCAUGGCGCUUCUCAACAAUGAAGAUAGUUUUGGGUACGAAACGUCCCCAUUAGCUCCGUCGACAUCGAUCGACGCCGAGGCGGCUUCUAUAUCAGUUCGCAGCGCGGCUAUGGGAUCUGUGGCAAGUGGGAACGUCGGCAAUGACUCGUUGAAUGCUCCUGGCCUCCAGGAUGACUUCGAAUCAGAAAAUGACGGGCUCACCGUCGAAUUUGGCAGGGAUCCCCACAAAAGGCGUCGCGCGGGCAUUGUCGGUCUAGGUCUCGAUUCGGUGCCAUCUCGCGGAGCACCGACUGCCGAAGCCAAAGACUUGGAUGCCAUCGAUCAGCAGACACGAAAUGAGACUGGUGCGGGACGGUCACCAAGGAUUAAAGGCGAUGCUGCCGCCUCCAAGCGUGUUUCAGAACUUCGACAAUCGUUGCCGCGCGUGAGGCCGCAGCAGCUUACCACACACGGGCUCUUGUCCAGUCCUGGUUCUCACUCGGACGACGAGCCGUUGGAGGACGACGCUUUCUACAAGCUCUACUCACCUGCUCCCAAUGGCUUCGAGGACGUCGACGAAAGCGAGGAAGACGAGGAAGAUGAUAGGAAUCAGGAGCAAGACACGGGCGCGACAGCGAAAACGAACAAGUCUGCUUCAGAUAUGCCUUUGUCCCAAGCUAUGGCCGACACUGCAACCGUCAAUGGUCUUGGCUUCACCUCUUCCGGUGGCACUCCGAAGCAUGGUCAGCAAUCGCCGCAAGAAACCGAGCUCCCGACUACACCUCCUCAACGCCUCUUUCACCGUAGUUCUGCCGCUGUCCCCUGCGACCCAUCCCCCAGCACCGAGACCGAGUUUGGCGAGGCACGUCGAACGCCCUGGGUGGCUUCGAGCCCAAGUGGGUUCAAUGUGCCGCUGCGCCUGUCCAACUCGCUCAUGUCAACAGCACAAGCGAUUGCCUCUGACUCGCCUGCCACCGAUCCGAGUCCUGUCAUGCGUGGCACGGGGGCUCCUCGUACCGCGCGAAGUGACUGGCCCAUGUCCAUCGCAAGCAGUGGCACGCUUCCGCCAAGCAGAGAAAGCCUUGAGGGUCGAGGCGAAGUAGAGGCCCGUUUGCGGUCAUCCGAAGAAGGCCGAGGUCUCAACGCUAUGCCUGCGAUCGGAUCACCUGUGAUUGAAGAGCCAGAGAUCGAAGCAAAAGAGGAAGAACACAAUAAUCGACGGCUGUUUGGAAGAGCAGGAGCCACUGCUGCAACAGACUCGGACUUUGAGCUUCUCCCUGUGCCAACUGCGCGCGAGAAGCCUUCGGAGCGCGUCAGAGCCAUGCUGGGACCCAAAUUUGUCGCUGAAUAUGGCGCCGAUCUGGACCUUGCCUCUCGAUCUCCCUCGUCCAUGGCCGGAGACGAAGAUCACAACCUCAAAAUUCCGAACCCUCGCGCCAAUGCGUCUUCGCUGUCCAACACGAGUAACGUUUCGAUCAAUGAGAUCAGCGACGUGGAUGGAGAGGUGGACGAAGCCUAUCUUCGCAAAGUCGAUCGAAUGGCUGAUAAGCUCGGCAAGCUCGCUCGCACCAACAAGGUGAUUGGUGUCAAUGGUAACACUGGCGUGGGCGUGACGAGGGCUGCAAGUUCGCGUACUGCUGUGCCACCAGCAGCUCCGAGGCUGGAGUACGGCAAUAUCGCGACAGGCAGCAGAUUCACAGAGCAUGUCUCAUCUCUUCCGGGCAGCCAUUCGCAGCGUCCAUCUGCAGAUCUCUCAGCGUUGGUCGGCAACGAGAAGCUGUCGCCUUUCCCCGGUCUGUCCAAAUCCAGCCCGGUGCAAAGCCAAGAGGGCUUCAGUCGCAUGACGGUCUCAGCGGCGCCCCCUUCCUCGACGUUGGCAGCCACGGUGCAUUCCAAAGAUGUCAUUCCUGGCAUUUCGGAAGCGCCUCUAUACGCAACGACCUCCAAAGACGACCAAGAUGGCGCUGGCAAGCAGAUCGGCUUAUUCUCUUCGCUGCGUCGCAAAGCGUCUAGCUUGAAGAGGACGCCGUCGUCGGCUAAGGAGACUGGUGGCUUUUGGACGCGGCGUGGCAAGAGGGAGGAAUCGCCCAAGCUGCCGACUGAGGCUACUUUCAUUUCAGCGCCUAUUCUGACCGAGGCAACGCCUGGGCCCGCACCCACCGCUGCCCAGCCCAUCGUCACGGUGAACAAAUCGCAGGAGGAUGCGACGAACGGUAUGACAAUGCGGCGCCAGAGGGAAAAUGACGCAACCUUUGAGCAUCGGCUCUUCGACGAGCACUCGACGGACAAGACAGCAGCAGCAGCAGCAGCUACGGCAGCAGCCGACUUGCAGCGUAAUGCUUCCAUCUCCUCGGUGGUCAGUGCGCGUAUCCGACCAGAUUUGCAGGACGGUACGGCUGACGCGGAUGCUGUGUCGACCUUGGAUCAUCACGGAACUGCAGCCAAGGCAUUGACGUCGAACACAGCCGAUAUGAUGCAUCGCUACAGCCGCAUGCUGUCGACUGCAGGCCCGAUGCAGGCGCUUCCGGGAACAACGCAAGAAGACAUGGAGGAUCCACCACGCAAGCUGCUGGUUACUGACCCGGUCUUCCAGGUGAUCAGCGCCACGACGAUCAAGGAUCGAUACCUGUUCCUGUUCAGCGACAUUCUUGUGGUUGCCAAACCUGUCGCUGCUCCGGGGGCAGAAGCUGGCCAGACAAUGGGUCAGAUGAAGCAAGCAGCCGUGUUGCCCACCUUGUCAUGGAAAUUCAGCGUCAAGAACAUCCUCGAGCUGCAUCGGCUCAAGGUCAGCGUCACGACCAACACGCGCACUGCAUCUGCCAAGACUCGCGCCCAGAACCCGGUGCUCUGGGGCUUUGUCUCGCAUUUCAGCAAGGAUCCCGAUGCAGCCGUCCGCGCUCUCGUCGCCAAAACUGGCCUAGAGCCUUCGCCUGCCUCGAUCGCGCAGCUUCUGUACCAAACUCCCGAGUUGGAUCGAGACGAUCUCACCCAGUACCUCGGCCAUGCUUCGCGACGUGAGAUCCUCAAAGCUUAUGUCUCGCAACAUCGACAUGUCGGCGUAUCGAUCGAGUCUGCGUUGCGUAGUUUGUUGUUGGACCUCCGAUUCCCCACGGAUUUGGAUGCGUUCGAGGCGUUGCUCGUACAUUUUGCACAGAGUUGGACACAGCACAAUGCGUCGAUGAUAAAGCCGACGUUCACGGCGCAGAUUGCCUCUGACUUGGUGUUUGCGAUCAUGGCGCUCAACGAUGCGCUGCACACAGGGUCGCAGGCGGGAGCGUCGUCGGUUACUUCGCCCAAUUUCCCGAGGCCCGUCACGGUGGUCACGCCAGGACUGUUCAGUGCGCCGUGCCGCGAGCUGUCGAAGGGUGACUUUGUGAGUGUGUUUCGCCAGCACGAUCCGGACGAGGUUCUGUCCGAUCGCACGCUCAGCCGGAUCUAUCUGUCGAUUCGAUCGGAGCCGCUCGUGCAAGCGUUGGACCGGUACGAGCCGCGUUUCACGAUCCGGGUCAAGGGUGGGAAGCUGCCGACGCGAUUAACGUACGCUCAGCCUGCAGAGCCGGUGACGCUCGUGAUCCCGGCACCGGACCCGGAUCUGGCGAUCCGGCUCUAUGCUCAGGAUACGACGUUCGAACCGCCGAUCUUGACGUUCAGUACGUCGAACGAAGCGAGUUUCACCAUGUGGACCAAGUCGCUGGGCCCCAAGCAAGUUGUGUUUGUGCGUGCAGGGCGCAAUGCGCGCUUCUACGGCGGGACGGAGAUGGACGUCACCGACGCCCCUACUUCGAGCCUAGUAACGGAAGACUCGCCACUCCCGCGCAGCUUCAACGUCACGGUCGAGCGGGCGUUUAUGAAGCACAGCUUCACCCUCACCUCCGUAUCGUCCUCCUCGAGCAGCACGGGACAAGACACAAAGCGGUUCAUGUUCAGCUUUGAAGAUGCGGACAAGGUAGGGAGGUGGACGCGCGCGAUUCGGGAGCAGGCGGAACGGUGUAUCAAGCAGAAGGCGUCGCGGGCGGUCGAGGAUGUUGGCACGACGAGGGCGACCGAGACGGCGAGUUUGCAAGUGUUGAGGGAGGCGCUGAUCGGCGUCGAGGCUUUGGAGCCGCAAGGCGGGGGUGGCUUGGCGAGGGCAAUGACGGUGAGCGAGACGCCGCGUGCGAUUGCAGUGGGAGGAGCGGGACGCGCAGGACAGAGUGGACUCGGUAUCGGCGGUAUACCUUCGGGUCUGCGCGCUCCCGCGACAGCAACGGCGGCUGCUACGGCGGCAGCGUUGUUGGACCGAACAACGUCGACCUCACGCCACUACUACGCCGCCUCCGGAGUGGGGCGGCACGAACGCGAGCUGCUUAUCCCUCCCUCCUCUUCCAGCAGUGCGAUGGCAGGAGAGUCGAGGCACACCAAAGGCUCGGCUUCGCUGUCGCUCUACCCGCCUUCGACGUCGGUCACGCGUCUUGUGCCCGGCUUGUCGCCUAGUGGCGCUAUUGGGAGAAGCAACUCGGCGCGGUCGGCCUCGAGCCCGCAUUCGCCGUUGAGUGCGCUUCCUCCCACCGAUGCCGCCACUGGCUCGCGUGGCGGUGGAGCGAGUGGUCACAGUGUCGGAGGAGGGGCGCGCACAGGGGCCGGAGGGGGAGGAGUCGCAGAAGGAGCCAAACCGAUGCAAGGCACCCACAUUGUCAACGUUGUCCGCCUCAAUUCGCUGCUCGUGCGCGUCGUCGCGGCUCAUCAGCAGCAGACGCACCAGCAGUAG